CCCAUUACAGUUAAGGUUGGCCUCUCAAUAAAUUUCAAUUUGAUCCGGAGCUUUCGCCACUAUAGCAUUUAUCGGGAUGGGAUUUCUGCAUUAAACCACCCAGAGACUUCCAGAGACUAAAACAAGCAAAUUCCCAGUUGUCAUGGCCAGUUGUUUGUGAGAUACAUAUAAUGGAAAUUCAGUGAAAAUCAUUAAUAAUAAAAACUAAAUUCUUUGGCCAACCUUAACACUUACGCAAACCAUACAGUAGGUCGAAACCUGCUUCAAAUCGCGUUGGUCAUGGUUGAUGGCAAACCAUUCUUGGUGAUGGACUUGUCUUUAUCUAUGGUGAUGGACGUGUAAAGCUACAUAUGCGCAAAAGCUGAUAGUUCGAAAGCAAAAAGACUAAGUUUUGUCUGCCGAUUGUUCUGAGUUCUGGGAAGAUAAGUGAUCUGAGUUUUAGAUAACCCACCAUGGGUGCCCCAGAACUAACCAACUGUUGUGGCGUCAGCCUCAAAUACGGUACCAUCAUCAUAGGCGUAGUUCAAAGCAUUUUCGCAUUCAUGUGCAUGAUUUUGAGCGCCGCCUAUGUAAAACAUCCGCACGAACUGGUCCAGCUGAACGAUGCCUCGGUGUUGCCACAGCUGGAGAUUCUGAGAACGAUGUUAAUCAUCAUCUCUGUUGCUAGUGCUCUCCAGUGCAUUUUCUCCAUUAUGUUGGUAUUUGGAGCUGCAGCAAGCCAUCCCGUUUUGCUUACUCCAUACCUCAUACUGAACCCAGUUUGCUUGUUCAUCUACAUAGUGGGCACGUUAGUAGCUGUGGUUCACCAUACUGGCGAGAACAACACCCCGUAUAUCAUAGGGCAUCUUUUCAUCAGUUUUGUGGUUACCGUGAUUGUCUCCUAUAAGAUCCUAAUCGUCCACAGCUACCGGCAGUACCUCAAGCGGCUUAACUUCUGAGACAGGGCGUAGCCAAAGGCGCACAGCACUCAUUAUUGUGGCUGGAAACCUUAGACUUGUCGGUACUUAAACGAGAUGAAGGCAUGCAUUUUCUUACUAAUGUUAGUUCAUAGUCAAUAAAUGGGAAGAAAUAGUA